AUGAAGCCAGCAAAUCUUCGUCGUCAUCUACAAACAAAACAUGAACAGUAUGUCACUAAAGAUAUCGAUUUUUUUCAAAACAAACUUAGAGAUUUAAAAGCAAGUCAAAAGUUGAUCGAGAAAACAGCAUUUGGGAGUAAUAAUGAAAAAGCUGUUAUUGCUUCAUAUCAAGUGGCACUACUGAUUGCGAAAUCAGGAAAACCUCAUACUAUUGGGGAAAACUUGAUUCUUCCAGCGGUGAAAACAAUUGUUACGACAAUGUUGGGUGAUAACGCAGCAAAAGACUUCAAUCUGAUUGCAGUGUCGAAUGACACAGUGAAAAAAAAAUUAAUAAUAGAUAUGGCAGAAAAUGCUAAAACUCAAUUAAUUUCGAAAAUAAAAAACAGUCAAUUUUAUUCAUUGCAACUUGAUGAAAGUAAAGACGUUGCCGACAACGAAAAUUUAUUGGUUUUUAUUCGAUAUGACUGUGAGGACAACAUAUGUGAAGAUUUUUUAUUUUUCCAACCACUACAAACACAUAGUACAGGAGGAGAGAUAUUCAAAUGUGUAAAUAAUUUCAUAGAAACAAAUAAUAUUGAAUGGACAAAAUGCAUAGGAAUAUGUACGGAUGGGGCUCGUGCUAUGAGCGGCACUGUAAGAGGACUUCAAGGUUUAGUGAAAGAUGUUGCGCCUAAUGCUGCUUGGACGCAUUGCUGUAUACAUCGUGCGGCACUAGCUGCAAAAGGGAUACCUACAGAUUUAAAGAAAACAUUCGAUGAAGUUGUUACAGUUGUUAAUUUUAUUAAAGGUCGUCCAUUGAAUUCGCGAAUUUUUAACCCUUUCAAGACGGUUGUCGUAUAUACCCGUCACCAACUUUUUUGGCAGACGGACGACUGUCGUAUAUAG